UCCUGUGACGUAUACUCAUUGUAGAUAGCAGCGUCUGUAUAAGCGAGAACCUGUUCUAGCUUCUCAGUUUUUGUUGAAUAUAUUCUGCAGCUUCCAGUGCUUCCGUGUGUAUCUGGUUCCUUUUCCUGCUCAAAAUAUGUCGAACUAUACUCCCGUAAGACUGGCAUAUAAAACUGUGGAACCUGUAAGUGGUGCCGAAUAUAAAGCGCCAAUUAUCUUUUUACAUGGUUUAACAGCUUCCGCCGAUUACUGGUUUGAUAUUUCCCGAACAAUUGCAAAUGAAACGAAACGAAAGAUAUACCUGUUGGAUGCGAGAAAUCAUGGUGACAGCGAAUGGUCGGAUGAGUUCGAUUUCGAUAUAAAUUCUUAUGAUUUAAUGCAUUUUAUGGACACAAUGAACAUUCAUAAAGCUGUUUUACUCGGACACAGCAUGGGUGGAAUAACAGCCAUAAGGACAGCUCUUAGAAAGAAAGAGAGAGUCGAGAUGAUCAUUGUAGAAGAUAUGUCAGUGAGAAAAGUACCGAAAGCUAUGUCGGACAUAAUAACUACGUCUAUAACAUUGGCACAAGAAGCAGCUGAGCAAAUGCCAACAGAUGUAGACGAAAAUGGUGCUAAGAAAUUCAUCUUUGAGUACAUUCUCGAUCACUUGCCUGCGGAAGCUAAAGAAUUGAUGAAAAGACGUAGUAACGAUGAUUAUAGAGCUCUUUCCCUGAAACGCAACACAGACGGCCGGUAUACCUUUAGUGCCAACAUCAAUGUUUUAAAGAACGCUGUAAAGAAUGCAGAGACUUUAAUGUCUGAACCAACGGGAGUUUAUGACGGUCCAGCCUGUUUCAUUUACGGAAAAGAUUCUCCUUUCCAGGUGGGAGCCGAUGAACCUUACAUAAAGCAAUUUUUUCCAAAUGCUGAAUUUGUCGCAAUCGAAAAUGCAGCCCAUAGCGUACAUAUGGAUUGUCCUCAUGAAUUUACAGAAGCUGUUUUGAAAUUUCUUUCCAGAGUGUAGUAUGAAGAGACUUUCCAGAGUGUAGUAAUUAAGAGUGUAGUAUGAAGCUGUAUAAGAAUCGAAUGCUGAAUUUGUGUUGCACAAAGAAAACAUGAACUCGUGUUACCGCAUUUUCCCAUUCAAAACUUAAAACUAAUUUGUAGAAUAUUGUGUAACUGAUUCUUAAUGCACUAAAUAUGAUCUAAUAUAAUAUAAAUUUUUAA